AUGGACAUGUUUGCUGAUGAGCCCAUAGACUUUACUGUGACGCGCUUGCCCUUUUUCCUGCGGCCAGAGCUCCCUGGCAUCGGCAAGGCCAUGCUCCCGGGAUCGGAUGACAACUCUCCUGGCGCAGCACUUCCCGAGAGGAAGUGGAGCUGCAAGGAGUCCCCCGGCACCUGGGGGGAGCAGAUGGACAAGUACACCAAGAAGCAUCCCGAGAAGUUUGGUGGCAAAGACCAGGCUCCCGACGCGCGCUUCGGUAUCAGUUGGCAAGCCUCAGAGGUUGGUUUAAAGUUCGUCUUCAACCAGCCGAUGAGUAACUCCAUGGAUGCCCUCCGGCUCCUCAUGAAGGUGCAGCGAGAGUAUAGCCCGGAGAUCAGGGAGCAGUUCUUUGAGAUCCUCUCCCGCAGCAUGGCUUAA